AUGGACAAGCAGAGCUCAUUAUUUCUGGGACCAGUCGCACCAUGGCCUAGGACACAUUGCGACGCCCUAAUAAGCACCAGUUUUGGGGUGGUGUCACCAGGGACAACUGAGCUUUUGGAGCCCGGGCCCCCGAGGGUCUCACCCAGGACACCAGGGCUUUCAGGGACUCCGGUCUGUCCCAGCAGGCCGGGCCUGGCGGGAAGGGGCCACCACACGGAGGGGACUCCUGAGCACAACCUGGGGCGAGGCCAAGUCAAGGAGAGCACUCGCUUUCUGCCGCGCCGGGCCUCCCCAGCCAGGCCACCGGACCGGACCCCUCCGCCGCGCCUAGCCAGACACUCCCGACGCGCCCCCGGAAGCGCUUGCCGGGCUAUAGCGGAAGCGGGGCGGGGCCUAGCCCAGCCUCUUUGGUGCUGGUGCCUGGAGAAGAUGACGAAGGGUACAUCCUCGUUUGGUAAGCGACGAAAUAAGACACACACCUUGUGUCGUCGAUGUGGAUCCAAGGCAUACCAUCUGCAGAAAUCUACCUGUGGGAAAUGUGGUUACCCUGCUAAGCGUAAGAGAAAGUAUAACUGGAGCGCAAAGGCUAAAAGACGCAACACCACUGGUACUGGUCGCAUGAGGCACUUGAAAAGGGUCUACCGUCGAUUCAGGAAUGGAUUCCGUGAGGGAACCAUGCCAAAGCCCAAGAGAGCAGCUGUUGCAGCCUCCGGUUCAUCGUAAAGACUCAUCUAUUUGUUAAAAUAAAUGGUCUUAUCCAGAAAAUGUCACCUUUUAUACAUGUUCUACUUCAGAGAGAUAUGGGAUUCCUGAAAAUACAUAUAUUUACACACACAAAUUCUUGAUGGUACGCACUGAAGUAAUUCAUUAAAAAUAAUCCUUUAAUUGAC